AUGUCUGCCAAAGUCGUGAGCCAGCGAGAAUGGAUCGAGGCCAGCAAAGCGCUCCUCGAAAAAGAAAAGGACCUCAUGCGCGCCGCCGACGCACUCAGCGCCGCUCGUCGCGCGCUGCCAAUGGUUCGAGUGGACCGUGACUACGCAUUCACAGCAGCCGCUGCCAAUAAAGCCGACGCCGACGCUGACGCCGACCCCAUCUCCCUCAGCGACCUGUUUGACGGCAUGGACCAGCUCAUCGUCUACCACUUCAUGUUCGCGCCCGACGACGCGCGAGGCUGCCGCGGCUGCGCCCACGUGGCCGAGUGCCUGCCCGACGCACGCCACCUGCGCUCGCGCCGCACCCAGCUGGUCUGCGUGUCGCGCGCGGCGCCGGACAGGCUCGCGGCCUGGAGGGAAAAGUGCGGCUGGACGUUUCCGUGGUACUCGACGGCUCGGGAUGCCAGUAACCAGUUCAACAGAGACUUUUACGUAUCCGUUGACCAAGGUGCCGCGGCGGAGAGCGCGCCGGCCGAUGCGCCGGGCGGCUUGUUUAAUUUUCGCACCAAGCAGGAGAUGGAGGCGCUGGGGAAGAAGCCGUAUGCGGGCGAGUAUUUUGGCUUUAGCGUCUUCGUCAAGAAUGAGAGGGGUGAGGUGUUUCAUACGUACUCGACAUAUGGACGAGGAGUGGAAAGAGUCAUGUCUACGUUUGCGCUGCUCGACAUUACGCCUCUGGGCAGACAGGAUGAGCCGGCAGGACCUGGCGCAUUCAAAGUCAAAUACGCAUAUGAGCAGGACGCUUGA